UGGCCAGCCAGCGGGAACACAGACAAGGAACUGUUGUGGACAUCGCAAGUGAUCGCAAUGAGGCUCACACAGGUCUUAGCUAUUUCUUUACUUGUUGUGCUCCUCAGCUCAGGAAUUGAGAGCUUCAGGCUACAUAAGAGAGAUGCUGCAGAGGAUGAGGGCAUUUUGUCUACAGUACAAGGAUAUGUCAAUUCAGCAUUCAGCAGCAUCAGCUUUGCAGCAGAGGGACUGUAUGACAAAGUAAAACAGACUGGAGUUCCUGACAAAGUGCAGGAGAUUUAUGACCAAGCUGCAGAGAAGAUAUCUAUCUAUGCCGGUGUCUUAUCUGACCAAGUAUAUCAUUGGUCAGGCAGCGACUGAUGAAGGAUGCUUUCUACAAAUGGGAAAUGUUUUG